AUGUCUCACUCCUCACGCAUACAAAGAGGAGCAGCAGCAGGAGGAGGGGAAACCCGCCGCGCCCUCUUCCCACAGCAGCUCUCCCGCUCCCACUCUCACUCCAUCACCACUACGUCCGGCCUCUCCCUCCACCAAAACCCUCCUCCCCCGCACCUUCCCUCCCCCUCACGCACCCGUCAAUUCUUCUCCACCCCGCCAUCCCCGUCCACCUCCAUGCCAAUGCCGCCACCCACCACCAACCCCAACACCACAGCAGCAUCAGCAGGAGCAGCCCCUACUACGGCAGCAGCAGCAUCAGCAGCAUCAGCAACAACAGCCCACGAAAAGAUGUGGCACGAGAUGCAACAAAAGCUCGAAGAGGUCUCCCUCUCCGGCGACCACGUCUUCGGCAGCACCCACUCAAAGUCCCUCGCAAACCUACGCACCGCCCAGGUCGAGCUCGCCCAGGCCUGGAUGCGCAGCGAGGAGGACGACCUCGACAACAAACACACUGUGUUUGGCCGCCAGGCCUUUGCCCCCGCCGCUUCCGGUGGUGCUGGGGCGUCCUCGUCCGUGGCGACCGUGCAGGAGCAGGACGAGGACCUGCUGCUGGCCGGGGAGCGCAGGAGGGCGAAUGAUGCCCACUUUGCCAGGGUGGCCAUGAGUGUGGCUGAUGUGACGAGGCAGCUGGAGAAUGUGGCGAGGGCUAUGGCGGGCGUGGAGCUGGAGAGUAGGGGCAUUUGGGCGGCGAGUAGUGACUCGGAUGGGAGCUCGCUGCUGGGUUGA